ACUUGUGCGUGUUGGCGAUGAUUCUUUCGCUGUGGACGGGUGUCUCCAGGGGCCAGUGCCCAGAAAAGUGUUAUUGCGAUGGACAUCGUGUAAGAUGCAGAGGACAGCAACUGUCGACCAUACCCCUUUCUCUUUCCAACGCUACCAUCUUAGAUUUAUCGAUGAGCAUGCUCGAAUCCCUACCGGAAGAUGCCUUUAAAGGAUGGCCGAAUCUAACGGGAUUGGAUCUGUCAUCCAACCGAUUACGCAACAUUUCCCGGGCGACGUUCAGGGGCUUGGCAAAACUACGCUGGCUGUAUUUAACCUCCAACACACUCGAAUAUAUUGACGACGGUGCAUUUGAAGGAAUGUCGGAUCUUGAACAACUGAACCUGCAUGACAACCGAUUACGCAACAUUUCCCGGGAGACGUUCAUUGGAUUGGCAAAGCUACGCAUUCUUUACCUGAGAAACAACCGGAUACGCAAUAUUUCUCGGCCUGAGUUCAGGGACUUGACUCAUCUUAAAGAACUUUAUCUAUCUAACAAUCCGCUCAUAUGCAACUGCCAGCUGCGAUGGCUCAUCGAGACAGUACAGGACAGCAAGUCCAAGCUAACAGUACACGGCGCCGUGUGUAGUGAGCCCGCACACCUGAAGGGACGUAACAUAGUGAAUGUCAUCCAAUCGGAUCUGAACUGCCCUACGCAGGCAAACAAUACCAACGAAUGCGCAACUGUGCCGUGUAAGAACGGCGCCACGUGCACUAAUCUUCAGAACACGUACUCGUGCACAUGCUCACCGGGCUGGCAUGGACUCAGCUGUGAUCAGGGUAUGGCUAUAAAGAACCUGUGA